UGCAUAGUAUAUAUCCUCUCCUUAUUCUCUUUCUAGUUUCCAACUUGAUCUAGUGGGGACUGGCGAAUCAUAAUAACAUCUGUAAACUAAUGUUAAUGGCGCCGCGGCGUCCCAUUUCCACCAUCAGCCUCCUCUUCUUGGUCCUCCUCCUCCUCCUCCUCCUCUUCUCUUCUCUCUCUUCAUCCCCACUCGUUGUCGCAGAUGAUUAUCUGCAGGCCGAGUGCUUCAAUGUUCCAUCUUCAGAUUUCAUAGCUUCUGUCAAGUCCACUAUUGACGUUGUGCGCAAGGUCACCUCUCUGGUUUCCAAGUUCGCCAAUGCCUUGUACGAUUUUCGUCUUUCCACUGCCAUCAACGACUGUGUGGAUUUGCUUGAUUUCUCUGCCGACGAGUUGAGCUUGACCCUCUCUGCAUCACAGAAUCCCUCGACAGAGAAGGAUAGUAGCACGGGAAAUCGGGUAUCGGACAUGAGGACAUGGCUGAGCGCCGCACUCGGCAAUCAAGACACCUGCAUGGAAGGAUUCCAAGGAACCUCCAGUUUCGUGGAGGGGAUCGUCGGUGGGAGCCUUGGGCAAGUCACUUCCCUCGUGUCUGACCUGCUCGCAAUGCUACGACCACAUGAUACCCAUUUUCAUGGAACGACUACAGAGAAGAAGAAGAAGAAGAAGAUGAAGUCAUCGGGACCAGCGGGGAGGAAGCUUCUCGUGGUACCCGCAGAGGGCGACAAUGGUGGUUUUCCGGCAUGGGUUAAAACUGGAGAAAGGAGAUUGUUACAGCAGCAACCAUCACUGGGAGUGUCAGACGCAGACGUCGUUGUGGCGGCGGAUGGGAGUGGGAAUUAUACAAGGGUGAUGCAUGCGAUUGAAGCAGCUCCUGAUAAUAGCACGCGAAGGUAUGUGAUUUACGUGAAGAAAGGUGUGUACAGAGAGAAUGUGGAUAUCAAGAAGAAGAAAUGGAACCUCAUGAUCAUCGGUGACGGUAUGGAUCUCACAGUCAUUUCCGGUAACCGCAGUUACGUUGACGGCUGGACCACCUUUCGUACUGCAACCUUUGCUGUCUCCGGAAGGGGAUUCAUAGCUCGGGACCUGACCUUUGAGAACACGGCUGGACCACAAAAGCACCAAGCGGUGGCUCUCCGAUCGGACUCAGACCUGUCGGUGUUCUUCAGAUGCGGAAUCAGGGGAUACCAGGACACCCUCUACGCCCAUUCCCUCCGCCAGUUCUACCGCGAGUGCCACAUCACCGGCACCGUCGAUUUCAUCUUUGGUAACGGUGCGGUCGUCUUCCAGAACUGCCAGAUACUCGCCAAGAAGGCCCUCCCGGAUCAGAAGAACUCUAUUACCGCACAGGGCAGGAAGGACCCGGGACAGAACACCGGAUUUUCCAUCCAAUUCUCGAACAUCUCCGCCGACUCCGAUCUCCUAGCUGCCGGUGUCAACUCCACCCUUACCUACUUGGGCCGACCCUGGAAACUCUACUCUCGAACUGUCUUCAUGCAGUCCUACAUCAGCAGUGUGGUAAGGCCCGAAGGGUGGUUGGAGUGGCAGGGGAACUUCGCCUUGGACACCCUCUUCUACGGGGAGUACAGGAAUUAUGGGCCCGGGGCCGCUCUGGGUGUCCGAGUGAAAUGGCCUGGAUUCCGCGCCAUCAAUGACUCCACCCAAGCUUCUAAUUUCACUGUCGCUCAGUUCAUCGACGGCAAUAUGUGGUUGCCUUCCACGGGCGUCAAAUAUACCGCCGGUUUGACAACUUAAA